CUCCGCCUGCCCCUGCCUCUGUCUGAUAUGUUUGAUAUUAGGUUGUUUUAUUGGAAAACCAACUAAAUAUCAAACAUAUUCUUACAGUGCCAGGGAUGCCCAGCGCCGACCCGGCAAGAUACUGCCUGCAGCAUCCCGUGAGCAGAGGGGAGUGUGAGGGGUCCCUCUGAGCCUCCGCCCGCCCUGCACUAAACCCCGUCUGCCCGCACCGCAUGCCCGUCUCCACGGGGCUGGGGAGAGGGAGCCAGGAGCUGCCACCCGCGGGGGCCGGCGGAGGUUUGGGAUGGUGGCGGGGUCAGCACUCGCCACCUGUCCCCCUGCUCAUGCCUGGGAUGAUCCCAGGGCAAAGGCACGUGGCCCUGUGCCCGCCGCUGGCUCCUUUGCCCCCAUGCGUGGGAUUAUUUAUGGCUCUCAGGGCCCUUCGUGGGCACCGUCCCCUCCUGGUGCCCUGCCCGGGGUGUGGGGAGCUGCCACUGGGGUCUCUGUCUCCUGGGUGCUGACCCAUUCAGCCCCCCAAAUCUGUCCCUGGGUGGGAACAGCGCGUCACCCCCGUGGAAGAUCCCGACCUGGCUCACAGACCAGCAGGACCUCGUGGCCGGCGCGAGGAGGCUGCUAAUCUCCUUGGCUGCGUAGGAAGUGCUGCCGCUCGCCCUGAGAAUUCCUCCCUGCGCCUGGGGAAUUUGCUCCUCCAGCUGCCAACAGCAUCUUUUGUCUCGCUGCCAAGCACUGGCUUGGCCGGAGCUGGGCUUGGGGCUCGGGGUCUCCCCGGUGGGUUCUGCUCUGGGUGUUGGGCUCAGGUCCCCCCACUGCUCCCUGCUGAGCCAAACAAUUCGGGUCAGGGGCUGCUGCUAAGCCCCUUCUCUUAAAAUAGUAUCCGACUGAGCUUGCCCUUUUCCACGCCACCCCCAGACACGGGUAAAUGUCAACCCAGGGGCCACUAAAACUUCCUGAGCCCCACCAGUGGGGUGCAAACUGGGGAGCUUCACUGUCGGUGCUGCCCGGACCCAGCUCAGUGUCCCGAGCGUGUCCCAGGGGAGUGGCCGGGUGGGAGCACAGUGUCCCCAUGACACUGGUCAGGGUGUCCCAUUGCGCGGGGGGGGCGGGCAGCCAGGACAAUGUGGGACCCCCCGCUUGCAGACCUGACGCUGCUUUUUAUAACCACCCCAGCUGUCCUCAGGAGCCCAAAUAAGGCUGCGGCCACCCAGGCCCCCCCAGGCAGACAAUGGGUCCCGAGCACAGACUUUUUGGGAAGGUGGGGAGGCGGCUCGGCCCAAGAAAGGCAAAUCCCCCGCACCGGCGGGCAAGGCAGAGUUGAUAAACCGGGCGGCGGGGUGGCAGGCAGCACUGCCCCCCUGCCUGCCCCUUGCCUGUCCCGCUGCCCGCCGCCGGCACCCGUGUCCCACCGAGGAUGGAGGCCAUCAAGAAGAAGAUGCAGAUGCUGAAGCUGGACAAGGAGAACGCCCUGGACAGGGCGGAGCAGGCGGAGGCUGAGCAGAAGCAGGCGGAGGAGCGGAGCAAGCAGCUGGAGGACGAGCUCGCCGCCAUGCAGAAGAAACUGAAGGGGACAGAGGAUGAGCUGGACAAAUACUCUGAGGCCCUGAAAGAUGCCCAAGAGAAGCUGGAGCUGGCGGAGAAGAAGGCGGCGGAUGCUGAGGCAGAAGUGGCAUCUUUGAACCGCCGUAUCCAGCUGGUAGAGGAGGAGUUAGACCGAGCCCAGGAGCGCCUUGCCACAGCUCUGCAGAAGCUGGAAGAGGCAGAGAAGGCUGCAGAUGAAAGUGAAAGAGGCAUGAAAGUCAUUGAAAACAGAGCUCUGAAGGAUGAGGAGAAGAUGGAACUGCAGGAGAUCCAGCUCAAGGAAGCCAAGCACAUCGCAGAGGAGGCGGACAGGAAGUAUGAGGAGGUUGCUCGGAAACUGGUGAUCAUAGAAGGAGAUCUGGAGCGCACUGAGGAGAGAGCUGAGCUUGCAGAGUCUAAAUGUUCCGAGCUGGAAGAAGAGCUGAAGAAUGUCACCAACAAUCUCAAGUCUCUUGAGGCUCAGGCUGAGAAGUACUCUCAAAAAGAGGAUAAAUAUGAAGAAGAGAUCAAGAUCCUGACUGAUAAACUCAAAGAGGCAGAGACCCGGGCUGAAUUCGCUGAACGGUCUGUAGCCAAGCUGGAGAAGACCAUUGAUGAUUUGGAAGGGUGUUGGAAGAAAUCCUCUGCCUUCCCUCAUUGUUUCCCUUUUGUUCUCCUCCUAAACCUCUUCUAGAUGAGCUCUAUGCCCAGAAACUGAAGUACAAAGCAAUUAGUGAGGAACUGGACCACGCCCUGAAUGACAUGACUUCCAUGUAAAUAUGAGCUGGCUGGUGUUUGCCUCUCGCUUCAGCAGGCUAGACCGCCAGAGCUUGCUUGGUUUGCUGUGAUUUUCAUAGUUGGAGAAUCAAUGGCACUGUGUCUAGGUUACUUCUACAGAUCUCUGCCUCAAGGAUUGCGGAGGCUUCCCUGCAGCAUGCUGUACUCUAACUCUAAGGUCCUUGUGAUCUGCAUGUGUAACAUGAAGUGCUGUGCUGGCCUGAAAGGGUCCUGACUUGAACUCUGAGUGCAAUUCCCAGUCCCACUGGGAAAGGCUUUAUAAGGUAACAUGGCUUAGUUGACUGCUGGAGCCACUGAGCCAUGGUCUCGGGAUUCCUCCUGGAAGAGGCUGUGGAUAGCGCUCGAGUGGAUUCCUUAGGAAUUGCUCUAACAGGCUUGAGAUGAGCUGGAUCAUGAACUGAUCUGUGGAAGUAGCUGAACUCGUACGUUUCUGCAACUUUGCUACUCGGCUUUUUGUUCAGAUUUGCAGUGGGUUCUGCUAACAGCUGCUCCGCACAGUCCUUAGCACUAACCGAGGAGAGGCCGUGUACUUGCAUCGCAGAGGAAGAGCCUUACCACUAGUGUCCAAAAGCUUCCUGAGCAGAGUUUGCUGUGCACAAACACUUAAGCUUCUCUUAAAAUUAGUGUCUCCUUCUGUCUCACACAGAUAAGUCUAGUGAUUCCAAACUCCACUUUGGAUUUGCCUCUCUGCUUGGUGGCUUUUUCUGCAUCUGCACCCUACAUUCACGCUCUUGUCAUCUCACUCUGAAUUCCAGUACCUUUUUC